AUGUACAACACCUCUCAGGUACUCGCUCCCUCUCUACUUGGUCGUGCCAACGUCACUUCACUGCUCACCGACAGCGUUUUCCUCUUCCCCCCUCCCGACUCGACUCCGGCUUCUGCUCAAACUUCCCCUCACGAUCCAUCUACAACCCUAGCUUUCUCCUCCAUUUCUAUCGAAAUUCAUCCAACUUGCCUCCUUAUCGACGAUGGACACAACCGAGCUCCCAUCUCAUUUUCCCGUCUUCGAGACGCAUGUUCAUGUCCUCAGUGCAAACAUCCCUCCACCCGUCAAAAAACACUUACCCCCGGAACAUCCCAUCAUCUCUCUCAGCUGCCCCCUUCCGUCCUCCAGCCUUCUUCCCAGCUUAUAAAACUUGAAUGGCGAGACGGACAUGUCUCCUCUUUUUCACCUUCCGACUUAUCCGCUCUCCUUCAACCUCCAGGACGAGAGGCACAGAGCGUUUAUCUCACUUCGACACUUCGUAGACGGACAUGGGACCGUGAAAACUUGGUUAACGAAAGUGAUCAUCUUCGAAUCUCAUCUGCGGAUCUGCUUCCAGCAGGAAUCGUGAAUGAGGAGGUUUUGUUGAAGAUGUUGGAACAGGUUCAAAUCUGGGGAUUGGUCAUUCUUACUGGGGUACCCACGGAUAAAACGGAUAAUAAGGAAUGUGAACUACGGAGAGUUGCUGAGAUGAUAGGAGAGAUAAGAAAUACGUUUUACGGAGAAACUUGGGAUGUCAAAAACGUAGCAGAUGCUAGGAAUGUGGCUUAUACCAAUUUCAACUUGGGGUUACACAUGGAUUUACUCUAUUUCUCCUCUCCACCGCGAUUCCAACUCCUUCAUUGUCUUCGAUCCCGAGUACAAGGUGGUGAAUCCUAUUUUGUCGAUUCCUUCCGAGCCUUGUCACAUCCUUCACUCUCUACACAUUACCAUACUCUGACACAAGACUUAACAUACGAAUAUGAUAAUGAUGGACAUUAUCUUCAAUGUUCUCAUCCUAUCCUUCCUUCUUCCCCCACGUCGGCUCUGACGGAUUUAAGAGCUGCGGUAAAUUGGAGUCCUCCAUUUCAAGCUCGACCAUCUGCUCUUACCCCUCCUCUGAUCAGCUCGAAAAUUCCUUUUGGUUCAAGUGCUUCUUCUUUAUCACAUUUAUCAUCAUCCAAAACUGACACAUCCUCUGAACAACAAGAUAGACAGACAAAAGAGGGACAGGAAAAAGUUGAUGGAGGAUUGAUGGCAAUGAUACAAAAAGAAGAAGAUUUUUAUUCAGCUUUAUCAACUUGGGAACAAGUUUUAUCCCUUCCGGAACUCAAAUAUUCUUUCCUCUUAUCAGAAGGUGAUCUGGUGUUAUUUGAUAAUAGACGAGUGUUACAUGCUCGUACUGCUUUUCGUGAUUAUACACCGGAAGAACGUCGGAGUAAAGGGGUAGAGGUGAAAGAAGGAGAAACGAGUAGAUGGUUGAAGGGAUGUUAUAUUGAUGGUGAUGUGGUUUGGGAUAAACUGGUUACUUUGAAUAAGAAGUUGAGGGAUAGGACGUGA